GGGUGUUAAUAUUUGUGGCAUCAGUAUUGCUGUUUUAUUAUUUCCUAAUAAAACCUCAACUGUACUGGAAAAAACAAAAUGUCCCCCAAGGAUUUCCAUAUCCGCUUUUGGGGAAAACUUUAAAUCAUUCGUGGAUUGGAGACUACCACAGAGAUGAUUCAGAAUAUAUACAACAGUUACAAAAACAGACGAUAUGUUGGAAUGUAUCAAGGAACUCUACCGACGUUAAUGUUGCGUGAUCCAGAAUUAAUUAAACAGGUCACUGUGAAAGACUUUGAUCACUUUGUUAAUCACAGGCCCAUUGUUUCGGAGAAUCAAGAUCCUGUGUGGAAUCGCAAUUUGCUUUCUUUACAAGAUGAGCACUGGAGAAUAAUGCGCGCGACACUGAGCCCGACCUUUACCUCCAGCAAAAUGCGUGCCAUGUUUAAACUUAUGGAACAAACUGCACAACAAUAUGUUAAUUUCUAUCUGGAACAAAAGAAAAACACUAUAGAAUUGGAGGUGAAGGAUUCGUUGACACGUUUUGCUAACGAUGUGAUUGGAAAUUGUGCGUUUGGUGUGAAUGUAGACUCACUUAAACAACCAGAAAAUGAAUUCUAUUUGAAAGGGCAAGAUGCUACUGAUUUUGCCGGAUUCUUGAAAUCGCUAAAGUUUCUCAUUAACUUUAUUUCGCCUACUUUUGCUGAUUUUUUCAGAAUACGUUUGUUCAAUAAAUCUACAACAGAGUAUUUCAAAACCUUAGUUCGGGAUACUGUAAAUUAUCGUGAAGAGAAAAAGAUUCAUCGACCUGACAUGAUUAAUCUCUUGAUGGAAGCACGUAAAGGAACAUUAAAAUACGAGGAAUCUAACAAUCAAAAAGAGGCAGGAUUCUCAUCUGUUGAAGAAUCUAGUAUUGGUAAAGACACCAAAACAACGAAUAUUGGCAUGAGUGAUGAAGAUAUGGCUGCGCAAGUCUUCAUCUUUUUCUUUGGUGGUUUUGACACUGUUUCCACAUUGAUGUCAUUCAUGUGUUAUGAGUUGGCCACCAAUCCUGAUGUUCAGAAGAAGUUGAUUGAGGAAAUCGACGAGACAUUCAAAGAAAACGAUGGAAAAUUAACUUAUGACGUGCUGAAUAAAAUGAAAUACAUGGAUAUGGUUGUCACAGAGACUUUGAGGAAGAAUCCUCCAUUUAUUUCGACUGAUAGAGUGUGCACUAGGCCAUACACUAUUAAACCAGUAAAUGCUGACGAGGAACCGGUGCAUCUAAGAGUGGGUGAUAUUGUUCUUCUGCCAAUGUCGGGCAUUCAUCACGAUGAGGAAUAUUUUCCUAAUCCGAGCAAGUUUGAUCCAGAACGAUUUUCUGAGGAAAACAAGGACCAGAUUGUACCUUAUUCUUACAUUCCGUUUGGAGCGGGACCUAGAAAUUGUAUUGCGUCUAGGUUUGCUUUGAUGGAGUGCAAGACAUUGAUGUUCCAUAUCUUGAAUAAUUUUGAGAUAACUGUUAUUAAGAAGACAACUAUUCCAAUGAAGCUUGAAAAGUAUCAAUUCAAUCCGGGGCUUGAAGGUGGUUUCUGGCUGGGGUAUCAGCGACGCCAGCAAAUCAGAUAAAGAUUUUUAAUUCGGUGGACAACAUAGUUAAACUAUGAAAAAUAUUGGCGCAAUACCAAAUUUGUAAUUUUAUAAGAAGAAUAUUUUUUUGAAUAAAGUACUAUGUACUUAAAUCAACUUAACAAAAUGAAA